AUGGGGGACUCUAGACCUCGCAGCAAACUCCCCGUCAAGCAAUUGGCAAUCCUGGCUGUGGCCAGGUUCGCCGAACCGUUGGCUUUGACUUCAGUCUUCCCUUAUUUGCCAGAAAUGAUUGCCGGUUUCGGAGUGGACAAAGACAGCAUCGCAAAAUGGGCAGGCUUGACAGGUGCCACUUUCAGCGUCUGCCAAAGUCUUUUUGCUGUCCCAUGGGGUCUGUUGUCAGACCGUGUCGGGCGGAAGCCGACGAUAUUGUUUGGUCUAGUGAGCACGAUGAUAUGCUUUCUUAUAUGGGGAAUGUCCACUACUUUGACCAUGGCCAUGACGAUACGGGCCGUCCAAGGGGCUUCCAACGGAAACGUUGGCAUCAUCCGGACCAUGGUUGCCGAGAUGGUAACCGAUAAAGAGCAUCAGCCAAGGGCUUUCUCUAUCAUGCCACUCGUCUGGUCGAUCGGAAGCGUGUUCGGGCCCGCAUUUGGAGGCUUCUUUGCCAGACCAGCUGAACAAUUUCCGAGUCUUUUUGGUCAUAUUGAAUUUUUCAAGCGUUAUCCCUUUGCUCUUCCAAACAUUAUUGCUUGCUUCUUCUUCCUAGUCUCGGUCAUCACAGGAACCCUGUUCCUCAAGGAAACAUUGGCAAGUAAACGAGACACAGACGACUGGGGCCUGAAGCUGGGCGAGAAGCUCACUCGGCCCUUCAAGUCACGAAAGCGGCCUCAGCACCGUCCCUCGUUUGUCGAUGGAGAAGCAACGGCGCCCCUCCUACCCCGGCCGGCCGCUGCUGAGCCAGUCAACCCCCCCACAGCCCCGGAGCCAAAGGCGAAGAUACGUGAUAUAUUCACAUACUCGACCGUGAUGAAUCUCAUAUGCUACACCUUUCUCGCCAUGCACUCUGUUGCUUUCGACCAGCUACUGCCCGUCUUCUUGCAUCAUCCCCACCAAAAGUCAACGCCUGAGAAUGCGAGUCUUCCAUUCCGCUUCUCGUCCGGGUUCGGACUGGCAUCAGAUAAGAUUGGUGCAAUUUUCAUGAUUUACGGCAUCGUCUGCGGCUUGAUUCAAUUCGUCAUGUUUCCUCCCCUCUGCAACCAUUUUGGUGUUCUUAGAUGCUACAGAGCUGCAGCUCUCAUGUUUCCAGUUUGCUACUUUCUGACCCCGUACACCAGCCUAGUGCACGGAAUGUACGGCCGUUACAUUGCUCUGAUGUUCAUCAUGCUCCUCAAAGGCUUUGCUGUCAUCAUAGGCUUCCCCUGCCUCACGAUCAUGCUCACGAACAGCGCCUCAUCGCUGAGCAUCCUCGGCACACUGAACGGGAUCGCGACCACCACUAGCGGUUUUGGGCGAGCCGUCGGUCCUGCAUCUGCCGGCACCAUCUUCAGUUGGGGAAUCCAAAGGGGCUAUGUGAUAUCGGGCUGGUGGUUCCUUGCCGCGAUUGCGGUCGUGGGAGCCAUACCCCCUUUCUUCAUCACCGAGGGCAGCGGCCCCUAUGCCGAUGCCCAGAGCGACGAGACUGACGUGGAUGACGGAGAUGCUGUUGCAGAAGCAGAGCCUAUCCCCAUCCCGGAAUCGGCGGCUGGGCCACUUGGACCGCACGAGGCCGGCUUUCCCUCGCCACCUGUUCUCAGCGAGUCGAGCAAACUACGGGGCCGGUCACUGUCAAAAUCGUACGGGACUACCCAAUAA